UCAGUUUAUCGUGUGACCGUUACAACGGAUGCUGUACUUGGACUCUCGUCCCCCUAAAAAAUGUAAUCAUCCAAUCAACAUCCCUCCAAAAAGUGUCAAAAACCCUUCGAUAAUCCCUCCAAAGUGUCGACAUAUCCUUAAAAUCAGAAAUAACCCCAAAAUAAAUAAAUGAAUAAACAAUAAACAACUUGGACCUCUCGUGUUUACACCUCGUAAAAUGCUGGCAUUACCAAAGACACCGACAAAAAUGGGUAAAGAAAAAUUAGAAUUAGCUGUCGCAGUUCGUAAUAAGCGAAAGGAACGAGCUGAGACGUCAAAAAAAUUAUUAGAACUCCCAGACAAGCCUCACCCCUCCUCAAGCCUAAUGCAUCUCCCCAACGACAAGCUUGAACUUGCAGUCCAGCUCGAAUGCAAAAUGAAAGAGAUUCAGGAGCAGCAGAGGAGAAUGCUGGAGCUCCAGGACAAGAUAAGUACAAAUACUAGAUUAACAUUAUCACGUGAGAGGUCAGAGUUGGCUGAGAAGCUCGAGAGGAACAUGGAGGAGCUGGAGGAGCACCAGAAGAAGCUCCUAGAGCUUCACGAGCAGAAUAAUUAUGAUUCUCAGUUAACGACAAACCUUGAGCUUCAACUGGAAGAACGAAUGGUCAAACUAGAAGCCUCCAAUCGAGAGAGGGAUAAGCUAGAACGCCAGUUGACAUCCAUGAAGUCGGAGCUAGCCUCAGUCCAGCGAACCCUGCAGCUGGAGAGACAGGAGAGAAAAGAUCUGGAAGAAACAGCUCUGGGUUUGAUCAGAAGUGCUAAACAAAAGUGGGAAGCUGCAGAGAAGGACAAACUCUCUAGAUUGAACAAACAUAUCGAGACUCAGACUCUUCGUAUUACCGAACUUUGUACCAGCAACAACGAGAUGUCCUCCAAGCUUCAACGUGCCCAGUGUGACCUGGAGACUGCUAAUGCAGAGUUGAAGAAAUUGAGGAGCUUCCAGGCUCAGUACAAACAGUCAUUAGCUAAAACUCGAGAGCUGCGACGUCAGAGUGUCCAGGGAGUUGAAAAUAAACUGGAGGAGAUAUCAGUGAGGGCUCAUAAUCAGUUAGCAGAGGUGAGGCUGAAGCUGGAACAAGAAGUAGCUAAAAACACUGAACUAGAGAGUACUUUGAGGAACGAGAGGGACGCAAAUCACUGUAAAUUAUCGAGACUAAAUAUGGCAUUGGAACUUGCACAGUCCGAGCUGAAAGAUCUCCAGGAACAACUGAGAUCGACCCAGGCGAUGAUUCCAGCACGAGAUCAAGAAAUAGCAACCCUGAAGAACCAAUUAAAAGAGAAAUUGAAUCAGAUGGAGGGGAUUCACAUUGCUGAGCAGACAAUCGCCCAACUCACUGAACAACUCGAGAAAGUUCAAAUGGAAAAUGAACAAAUGAAGAAUCAGCUGGAGUCUACGAGAAGCGACCUGAAUGACACUUUAUUAAACCUCAGAAGGAGUGAAAACAUCGCUGAUGAUCUUGAGAAAACAGCCAAAGACAAAGCAGCUCUCCAGGAACGUCUUCAGGAGUCCAAAGCCAAGGAGGACGAGCAGUUACGGAAGGUCGAUACCCUUGAAGAACUUCUCCAACGGCUCCAACAGAGUGUUGCUAAAUUAGAAUCAGAAAAUGCAGUUCUCAAACGUUCUUCAAGCUCGAUUCCCUCGGGCAGUCGAGUCUCCACCACCAGAGAAAAUUCUCUUAAAAUAUCAGAGCUGGAGCAACAAAUUGAACGACUGGAGAAACAAUUGGAAACAGCUAGGGAGAAUGCAGCAACAGAGCGUGAAGCAGCCCGCCAAGCCCAGCGAUCACUCUGGAAGAAAGAGAAAGAACUAUCAGACGCUAACUUGGACAAGAGAAUAGCUCUGAGAGAAGCCAAGACGUCUGAAGAAAAGAUAAAAUCCUUGCAGGAGGAGAAACAACGCCUGACGGAUCGAUUGAAUAAGAAGUACCAGGAGGAAGAGGAGAAAGCAAAGAAAUUAUUAUUAGAACUUGAAUCAGCAAAGUCUUCCCUCGCUGAGAUCACUAAAGAGGCUUCAAGAAACAGGAUGCAGGCAGAUUCAGCCCAACGAGCCUUGACCCAAGCUAAUAAACAGAUCGAAGAGCUUCAAUCCUCCUCUGCUGCUCUUCGAAGGGAGCUAGAUGUUGCGAGAAAACAAGCUAGAACAAGUCAGGAUAGGGUGGACAGCUUGAAUGCCGAGAACAAACGUUUGACUUUCGCCAUCUCCAAGCACAAUGAAGCAAAGAGCACUUUGGACGCUAAACUGGAGGCGUUGGAGCAGGAAGCAAAGGCUGAUAAAGUUAACAUCGACUUGUUGAAAGAAACCUGCACAGUCCUUGAAGAGCAACUGACGGAUUACGAAAGAUUGACUAGUGACCACGAGACUAGAGAGAACACCCUAGUCCAGGAGAAGAUCAGGCUGCAGAAGGAACUAGAAAUCCUAGAGCAGAAGCUUAGAGAAGCAAAAAUAGGGCAGAACGAGGAGAAAUCCAAGAGAUUAGUUUCUGAGAAAGCGAUGCAGCGAUUGGAAUCAGAAACGAAUGAAAUCGAGACUGAGAGGGACAAUUUACUGACCCAGAGGAACGAGUACAAGAAGCUGGCACAGGAGCUGAACCAGCAAGUUGCUUCAUUGACAUCCAAAUGUGGAGAACUGGAAUGUGACAUUGGGGAGUUACAGAGAGCGUUGGAAUCAGCACGCGCAGAGGCGAUGAUCGUUAAAGAAGAGAGCACAGACCACUUGACUCGUCUUCAUGAGCUCAAGGACAUCAAUCAGGACCUGAUGGCUGAUCUCCAAAGCAGUAUUGAUCAAGGACAAGAGCUGAGGAUCAGAAUAGCAGAGUUGGAGAGUGUUCUUGAGGAGAUGAGGCAGUUUUAUAAUGAACACGAGAUGAAGUCUGAAGGGACGAGACAGCAGCAAACGAAAUUAAUUGAUUAUCUCCAGCUCAAACUGGAGGAAUGCAGCAAGAAGAAGAAGACAGUUUGCGACAGGAUAUUCAGGACGAAGCAGAAGGAUGCUGUGAUUCCGACUGGUACAGGAAUGCCAGUAGGGUACAGAGAGCUGGAGAACCAAUUGACUCGAGAACGUGCCAAGGUGAAGGCUCUUACUGAACAGCUACUGGUGUUGAAGGCAGCAGCAGUUACAUCAGCCCCAGUUUCACCUAUUGGAGACUACAAAUCUGCGGACUGCAAGACUCAGGACUCGAAGAAAUAUCAAUUUACUGAGCAACCUGAUGAGGUUUUAUCCAGGCAGACAUCACUGCAACGAGUUCGACAUAAUAUUCCUCACAGGUUCAACGUGGAGUUAUCAAUGCGAGCUGGAAAGUGUGCGGCUUGUUUGGAACCCAUUCAAUUUGGAAAAAGGUCUGCUAUCUGCAGUGAAUGCCAAAUAAUGACUCAUCUGAAGUGUUCUCUCCUGGUUCCUGCAAACUGUGGGCUUCCUGGAGGACUAACGAAACAUUUAGGGAAGAGUUGGAAAGCCAGUGACGAGAGCAUCUCCACCCUCAGUGGCAGCGUCCAGACGCUGACCAUUGAUGAGCCUGAUCACGCUGAAUUGGACUCCAAAAAUAUUCGGAAGACUGAAGGGGUCAGCAUGGAGAGUUGGGUGAAAGUUCCAGGACGUGGGAAAGCAUCUUGGGAACGUAAAUAUGUGAGACUUGAGGGCUCAUGUGUCAAUGUAUACGAGCACGAACCCAGUCCAGGGAUGUCAUCAAUCAGCAGGAUGGAGCUGACUGAUAAAAAUGGUUUCACAGUGAUCGAAGAUGUUCAUCAGGCUGAGGUACCUGGCACUGCAAAGUCUGACAUUCCCUUCAUCUUCAGGGUCGAGUCCAAUACGUUCAACACCUGCUGGCCCACCAACAGACUCGACAUCAUGGCGUUGAGUCAAGUUGACAAGAAGAGCUGGCUGAAUGCUUUGAAGUCCAUGGCAAGUCAGAAUGGAGUCAGAGGAGCUGCUAAGAACUCGAUGGUGCAGAGUGUGGUGAGAUUGGAGAAGAAUAGGCUAGAUUUAAACUGUGUGAUGGAGCUUGAGGAGGAGGGAGUUUUGCUGAUUGGUGCAGAGGAGGGAUUGUACUCGUACAGACCUGCAGUCUCCAAGGUGCUCACUGCUAUCAGAGGGGUCAAACGAGUUCAUCAGUUGACGGUGCAUCCUCAUCUGGGUUUGGCGCUGAUGAUCGCUGGGGAGGACAGGCAGUUGGUGUCCUGUGAUCUGAGACAGCUGAAGAAUAAUGCUCUUGCUGCUGAUUGUUCAAGGCCUGCCAUCAACACCAACAGGAUUCUCGACCGAUCUGAGAGCUGCCAUCUAUAUCAAGUGGAAGGGGAUCUACUGUGCGCUGCCACUACGUCUCAAGUUGUGUUGCUUCAGUGGAGAACUGAUGAGGCUAAUGGGAAAUUUGUAUCUAUCAGGGAAAUGGACACCCAGGAGCCCUGCAGUUGUGCUAUCUUUACCAAGGAUAAUCUCAUCGUGGGCUGCCAGAAGUUUUUCCAGAUUGAUCUGAAAGAUUACGGGAUUGAUGACUUCCCUGAGGAGGAUGACAGCUCGGUAAAGGCUGCACUUGCUGGCGUAGCGAGACUAGGGAUCUUCCCGGUUGCUGUACUCAAUGUGUCUUGUGGGAGUCAAGUGGAACUGCUACUGUGUUAUAAUGAGUUUGGAGUCUUCGUUAAUGAGAAUGGAAAGAGGACAAGGGCGGUCGAUCCUACUUGGAGUCAUUUGCCUUUUGCUUUUGCAUUCAGAAAGCCUUACCUCUUCAUCGUCCACUUUUCAUCGGUUGAGGUAAUAAAACUGACAUCAGAGACCUUCAGAUCAACCACAAAAAAUCCAGAAAGAGCUCUGAUUGAUUUGAACAAUCCGAGAUAUUUGGGUCUCGCUGGAUCCAGGGGAAUCUACGUUGCUGUGAUAAAUUCUACCCUGGACAUUCAGAGAAUUGACGGUGUUGCUUCCAUCCUGUCCAGAAUGAGCGACAGUUUAAGCAGUUUGGAUUCACUCUGUAAUAAUGACAAUGACGACAGCAGUUCAGAGUUCAGUUUCACGCCAAGUCUCAUGGAGACCUUGGACAAUCCUUCCAAGAGGGUGCACUUUGCUGACCCCAGAGACCACAACCGAGAAUUAUUUAAUUAUUCAAGUCAUCUGGGUGAACUGAUAGUGUUUUUGAGUUUAUAUUGUGAAAGCCAAGAAGGAACAAGGAGAAUGGCGACGAAAGAGGAACCUCGUCACUACGAUCCCUUUCUCAAGGCUCCUGUAGAUCCUGGGGAAGAGAUCGUAAUAUCCGGAAUGUCUGGAAGAUUUCCAGAGUCUGAUAAUAUGAGACUAUUCACUGAGAACCUCAUGAAUAAAGUCGAUCUUGUGACUGAUGAUGGACGUCGUUGGAAAUUAGAUCAUCCGGAAAUUCCCCAGAGAACUGGAAAGAUUAAUAAUGUCUCGAAAUUCGAUGCCCUUUUCUUCGGGGUGCACUUCAAACAGGCGCACACUAUGGAUCCAAUGUGUAGGAUGUUGUUGGAGCAUGCUUAUGAAGCUAUCGUCGAUGCUGGAGUCAAUCCGAGGCAGUUGAGAGGGACUAGGACGGGGGUUUUUAUCGGCGCGUGCUUCUCUGAGUCUGAGAAGACGUGGUUCUAUGAGAAGCUCCAGGUUAACGGUUUUGGUAUCACUGGAUGCAGCAGAGCCAUGUUGGCGAAUCGUGUGUCCUACUGGCUUGGAAUAACAGGACCAAGUUACACCGUGGAUUCUGCCUGCAGUUCGAGUCUCUUCGCCAUGGAGCAUGCAUACAGAGCGAUCAGAAACGGCCAGUGUGAUGCUGCGAUAGUUGGCGGUGCUAAUCUCUGUUUGCAUCCUUAUGUGUCUCUGCAGUUUUCACGUUUAGGUGUUUUGGCUCCCGACGGCCGUUGUAAAUCCUUCGAUGCUGAGGCCAACGGUUACACAAGAAGUGAAACCGUUAGUGUAGCAUUCCUCCAAAAAUCCAAGGAUGCAAGACGUAUUUACGCAACUGUUAUCCACGGAAAAACCAACUGUGAUGGAUUCAAAGAGCAGGGAAUAACAUUCCCCUCAAGUGUUAUGCAGAGCGCUCUGCUGAAAGAGUUCUACGAAGAGUGCAAAGUGCCACCAUCAUCAUUAUCGUACAUUGAGGCCCACGGUACUGGGACGAAAGUCGGAGACCCUGAAGAGUUAAAUGCAAUUGAAUCUGUCUUCUGUCAGGGGAGGAAAGAGCCUCUGAUGAUUGGCUCCGUGAAAUCGAACCUCGGCCACGCCGAGCCGGCCAGUGGAAUGGGUCAAAUAGCUAAAGUAGUCAUCGCUAAUGAAACUGGUGUGAUUCCACCGAAUCUACACUACAAUCGACCGCGUGAGGGUGUAAAGGCUCUUGAGGAAGGAAGAAUAGUAGUUGUUUCUGAACCAACACCGUGGAAAGGUGGAUACGUUGGAGUCAGUUCGUUUGGUUUUGGUGGUGCUAAUGCUCAUAUUCUUCUCAAGUCAAAUCCUAAGGAGAAGAUUAAUGGUGGAGCGCCACAAGAUGAUCUUCCUCGGCUUGUGGUUGCGUCUGGGAGGACUGAGGAGGCUGUUAAUUCUAUUUUGACAGAUGUCGAGAGUCGCCCAGUGGACGUAGAAUUCGUCCGUUUGCUCCAUGAGAUCUACACCGAGGACAUCUCAGGUCAUCUUUAUCGAGGCUACACAGUCCUGGGCACUGCCAAUCCCGAUAAGAAGAUUCGAGACAUCGAGCAUUAUCCAGGAGCCAAGCGCCCAGUCUGGUUCGUUUUCUCAGGAAUGGGUUCUCAGUGGCCAACUAUGGGCGCAUCCCUCCUUCGUCUCCCAGUCUUCGCGAAUGCCAUAAAGAAAUGCGAUGCUGUUCUCAAACCACGUGGAGUAGAUAUCUACAACAUCCUGACAAAUCCCGACAAAUCAACCUUCGAUAACAUCUUGAAUUCCUUCGUCGGAAUAGCUGCCGUGCAGAUUGGCCUGGUCGAUGUGCUAACAACACUCGGAAUAGUCCCUGAUGCAAUAAUUGGGCACUCAGUGGGGGAGCUGGGAUGUGCUUAUGCAGACGGUUGCUUCACAGCUGAGCAGAUGGUCCUGGCUGCAUAUUCCCGAGGUCUAGCAUCGAUUGAAACUGAUACAAUAAAAGGUUCAAUGGCAGCCGUUGGUCUCGGUUAUGAAGACGUCAAGGAUCUCUGUCCACCAGACAUCGAAGUAGCUUGUCACAAUGGCCCUGAGAGCUCCACCAUCAGUGGACCAGCAGAUUCAAUGAAAGAAUUCGUCGCUAAACUCACUGCAAACAAGAUAUUCGCUCGAGAAGUUCCAUGCAGCAACAUUGCUUAUCACAGCAGAUACAUCGCUGCGGCUGGACCAAGAUUGCUGGCUUACCUGAAGGAAUUCAUCCCAGACCCUAAACCCAGGAGUGCCAAGUGGUUCAGCACAUCUGUACCGCGAUCGCAGUGGGGCUCACCUCAGGCGAAGCUUUCUUCUGCUGAAUAUCAUACAAACAAUCUUCUCUCUUCUGUUCUCUUUGAAGAGACAUCUGCACUCAUUCCUAAAGACGCUGUUACCAUUGAAAUCGCACCUCAUGGGCUUCUUCAAGCCAUUCUGAAGAGGUCACUCAAUCCUGGAGUGAGCAAUAUUGCUCUUACCCAACGUGGACACAAGGACAAUGUCGAAGUCUUCCUUCAGGCUAUGGGCAAACUUUAUGAUGUUGGAUUGCAGCCAAUCAUUAGUAAUUUGUAUCCCGAGGUGACGUUCCCGGUGUCCAGGGGGACUCCCAUGAUAUCGCCACUCGUCAAGUGGGAACAUUCUGAUGAUUGGUAUGUCACUUCGUACAGGAUGCAGGAGAAGAUCACCUCUGGAGAAAGAAUCGUGGAGCUAACGCUCGCUGAUGAAGAUUAUGAGUAUAUGUCGGGGCAUAUUAUUGACGGGAGGAAUCUCCUGCCUGCCACCGGGUAUUUAGCACUCAUCUGGGAGACUAUGGGGAUGAUGAGGGGAGAGAUGUACACUGAGGUGCCUAUUGUCUUCGAAGAUGUCAAGUUCCUCAGGGCUACUACGGUCUCUAAGGAGUCUUUGGAGAUCACUUUGAUGGUUCAGAAAGGAACUGGAAGAUUUGAAGUCGUUGAGGGAGGAGUAGCAGUCGUCACCGGAUUCGUUCGUCAUACGCCAAAUCCCCAGCAAGAACAAAUAAGUUUCCCUCAUGCUAGUGAUGAUGUGGAGGAAGAGAUGGAGAAGAAAGACGUUUAUAAGGAGCUCAGACUACGGGGGUAUCAGUACUCUGGAUUGUUCAAGGGCAUCAAGAGUUCCACCGCGGAUGGAUCCAAAGGAACCCUCGUUUGGGCGAAUAACUGGGUGACCUUCAUGGACAACAUGCUGCAAAUGAAGAUUCUCGGAACGGACACGCGUAAUCUUCUGGUACCCACUGCCAUUCAGAAGCUGACGAUUGAUACUAAGACACAUCUGCAACAGAUUCGUGAUAUGCCAGAUGAAAACAAAGAGUUCAAGGUUUACACCAGUACUGAGCACAACGUAAUUCACUCCGGUGGAGUCCAAAUCCGAGGCUUGAAAGCGAGUGGUAUUUCCAGAAGAAAACCAGCAGGUGACCCAGUCCUAGAAACCUACAAAUUUGUAGCCCAUCGAGACUGGGCGGAGACUCCCCUGAAGGAUGCAGUCCGCCUGGCCACCCAUCUUUCCCUUGAGAAUCACCUGGGAAUCAAAGUGAAAACCCUAGAGUUCCUUCAAGUGGGUGAAAAAUAUCCCACCGAAGAUCUCCUCUCCCUCCUUCUCGCAGACACCCUGGCAGACCUCCCAAUGAUUCAGGCAGACGUGAGCAUCGUCACCCCUGAAAACCCCUUCGGAGAAGACGAACUCCCCCAGAAUAUCAGCAUUACAGAGCCCAAGAAAUUAAACUCUGAAACCAAUGCUGUAAUCCUGGCCGGUAGGAACCUCUUAGCUCCUGAAAAAAGCCCAAUUCUUGCAGAUCUCCUCUCUUCCCUGAAAGACGGUGCCUUCGUCAUCACCCUAGAAUCCUCAUCUCCAGAAGACAUCAAUCUCUCUCUGAAGAAACACCAAUUCAACAUCAUUCUAGAGAAACUCGUCAACAACACAAAAUUCUUCCUCCUCAGAAAGAUAGAAAGAAUACCAAAAAAUACGAUCAUAAUCCAGGUAAACAACGAGGAAUUCAGCUGGGUAAAUAGCCUGAAAGCAGCCCUAAAAGCUGAGGUGGAGCACGAGACUUCCGGUUCCUGCAGAGUCCUGCUGAUAAGUGACGUAACCUUUGAGAAUGGUCUCCUGGGUCUUGUAAAUUGUCUUCGAAAGGAACCGGGUGGUGAAAUCGUCCGAGGAGUUCUCCUCCAGGACCCCAAAUCCCCCGAAUUCUCCACCCAGAAUCCCCUCUACGCGGAUCACCUCAAACUCGACCUAGUCAUCAACGUCCUGCGAUCAAAGAAAACUUGGGGAUCCUACAGACACCAUCACCUGCCCUCACCACAGCCCCGACCUGUGCAUCAUGCCUGGGCGAAUCAACUCGUCAAAGGUGACCUCAACUCCUUCGCCUGGAUGGAGGGCCCCAUAACUCCUGAGUACAAAAACCCAGAGCUCGUGAGUGUUGUCUACUCAUCACUGAACUUCAGAGAUAUCAUGAUGGCGACAGGCAAAUUAUCAACUGAAAUUGCUGAUAAAACUCGAAGUGCAUCAGAGUGUGUCCUUGGGUUUGAAUUCGCUGGAAUAACACAGGAUGGUCGCAGAGUGAUGGGUCUGCUGAACACUCAUCGAGCAAUAACGAAUUAUCUAGUCAAUGACCCAACACUCACCUGGGAGGUUCCAGAUUGUUGGACAUUGGCAGAGGCUGCAACGAUUCCUUGCGUCUACGCCACCUGUUACUAUGCUUUUUACACAACUGGAGGUAUCAAGAAGGACAUGAAGGUGCUGAUUCACGCUGGAUCUGGUGGCGUUGGACAAGCAGCUAUCACUCUUGCUCUUUGGGUGGGCUGUGAGGUCUUCACUACUGUUGGAACUGCAGAGAAGAGAGCAUUCAUUAAGAAGACUUUCCCACAAAUCUCGGAAGAUCAUAUUGGAAAUUCCAGAGAUACCAGUUUCGAGCAGAUGGUGAUGGAGCAGACAGAUGGACGAGGGGUGGACAUUGUCCUGAAUUCAUUGGCUGAUGAUAAGCUUCAGGCAUCGGUCAGGUGUCUGGCUGAUGGGGGUAGGUUCUUGGAGAUUGGAAAGUUCGAUAUGGUUAAUGAUAGUCCACUGGGAAUGGCUAUUUUCCUGAAGGAAAUCAGUUUCCAUGGGGUGUUACUGGAUAGACUGUUCAAUGCUCCUCCGGAGAAGAAGAUGGAGGUCAAUAGGAUGAUGCAGGCUGGGCUCAAUGCUGGAGCUAUCAAGCCGCUUAAUAUGACCAUUUUCGAACGAGAUCAGAUCGAACCUGCUUUCAGGUACAUGGCUGCUGGGAAACAUAUUGGAAAGGUAAUUCUCAAAAUUCAAGAUGAAAACAAGUUAAACCUUCCUAUGCCAGCCCUCCCCAUCUACCAGUGUAUCACAGAUCGUUCCUACCUAAUCCUCGGAGGACUUGGAGGCUUCGGUUUGGAGUUAGCUGACUGGCUGGUUCUUCGGGGCGCUAAAAACCUGAUCCUCACAUCUCGCACAGGAAUCAAGGACGGUUAUCAACGAAUGAGAAUAAAGCUCUGGCAGAGUUACGGCGCGAAAAUUACGAUAAUCUCUGGAAAAGACGCAUCAAACCCAAAAGACUGUGAGGAGAUUCUCGCGAUGGCAUCGAAACAAGCCCCAGUGGAUGCGAUUUUCAAUCUCGCAGUUGUCCUCAAGGACAGCCUCUGGGAAAAUCAAACACCGGAGGCAUUUGAAGAGUCCUUCAAAGCCAAAGCUUGGAGUACAAGACAUCUUGAUAAACUUUCUAGACGAUUAUGUCCAAAACUUCGACAUUUCGUUGUCUUUUCUUCAGUUUCUUGUGGGCGCGGCAAUGCAGGACAAUCAAACUAUGGAAUGUCCAAUUCAGUUAUGGAAAGAAUCUGUGAGAGACGAGCUGCUGAGGGUCUUCCAGCACUUGCAAUCCAGUGGGGAGCUGUUGGAGACGUUGGUCUCGUCGCAGACAUGCAGGAUAACGAUAAAGAGCUUGUGAUCGGAGGUACCCUCCAGCAAAGGAUAACAUCCUGUCUUCAUGAACUCGAUGGUUUCCUCAAUCAAAGCUCUCCAAUUGUUGCAAGCAUGGUCGUUGCUGAAAAGAGAGCAGGUGGCUCUGGUUGCCUCAAUAUUGUCGACACUGUACUUAAUAUCAUGGGUCUUAAAGACUUGAAGUCAGUUGGUGUACAUACAUCACUAGCUGAGCUUGGUAUGGACUCUAUGAUGGCUGUGGAAAUUAGGCAAACUUUGGAGCGUGAGUUUGAGAUAUUCCUGACUGCGCAGGAUAUUCGUGGACUAAACUUUGCCAAAUUGAUUGAAAUGAAUUCGAAGGACCUUGAACUGAAGAAGAAGACUAUAAAGGUGGCGGGAGACGAGGUACCUAUGGGAAUCAAAUUACUGGUUAGGCUGUUAGGAGAAGAUGAAACGAUGAAGGAAGUGUGCAUGAAGCUAUUGACGAAGGAGGAGAGUGGAAGGCAGGAGGUGUUCAUGAUUCCAGGUAUUGAGGGAUGUGGUGCUGUAUUUUCGAAUCUUGCUGGCAAGAUUAGGGCGCCGGCUAGUUGUUUACAGUUGAAUAAUAUGGACACACAAUACCGCUCUAUUCCGGAAAUGGCGGAUCAAUUGUUACCUUACAUCUUGAAAAGGAAUCAAGGAAGACGAAACUUCGUCCUCGUUGGAUACUCAUACGGAUCAAUCGUCGCGAUUGAAUUAGCAAGAAGAUUAGAAGCAGAAGCUUACACUGGAAAAUUGAUACUCAUCGAUGGUGCACCACUCUUUAUGAAAGCCAUCAAAGAUCAGCAAUUAGGAUCGGAGAAUGACAAUGAUCUUCAGACGAAUAUUCUCGUUGGAAUCGCAGACAUUGCUGCGCCUGAGGACAGUGGAGAUCUGUUGGUGGAACUCACGAAGUGCAAAUCUUGGGAGAAGAAAUUAGACCUAUUCAUGGCACGUGUACAACCUGAUGCUUUAGGGAUUUCAACUGAGCAGCGAAGAAACAUUUGCACUUGUAUUUAUAAUCGUCUGCUCGCUCUUGCUAAUUAUGAUAAUUCUAGUCUUCCACCACUCAGAACUGCAAUCACUCUUCUGAAACCUACUAUUGAGACUUUGAAGAAUUUAUCUGCAGAUUAUGAUCUCAGCAAGAUAACAAAGGAAAAAGUGGAGUGUCAUGUACUUGACGGAAAUCACGUUACAAUACUCGAUAAUCCGAAGGUAAUAUCUGCAAUAAACGGAGAGCCACUCGAAGAUGCGGCGGCAUUUAAAGCUAGCAUUAUGGAAGAUGGAAAAAUCCUCACCCCUAUCUACGAUGCAAAUCGUGGAAAAUCAGCUAGUUAGAAAGGAAUAAUCAUUAUUUACUGAUCCAUACUUCAUAAAAACUUCCUUAUUUUUCUGUCCUUUGAGUCAGUGGACAUCGUUUCUCAAUUACUUCGUAGUUUGCACAAUUUCGAAUAUGUCAUUCAUUCAUGCCUUCCCUUCAUAAAUUAAUAAGUUGGAAACUAGUAUAAGUGUCAAUGAUCUAUUCCUUCCUUCGAAUCCUUAUAAAAAUGGAAAAAUAAAGGAAUAAGUGUCGCGAAUACUACAGAGAUAAUGGUUUUCAGUUUCUUUUUUGUUUAGGUUUAUUUUCGAAUUAAUACUCAAAGCCUCAUGUUCUGCAUCCCUCACAUAAUUCUAAAAUCUUCUUAUGGUGUGAAAUUACUGAGUGUGAAAAGCACUCAUUGGCAAUUCUGGAUCAAACAAUAAUCAAGUAUUGUUAUUAUUAUCAUUACUAUUAUUAUUAUUUACUCUUUAAUGAGAUCGCCGAACAGUUUUCGAAGGUUCCGACUUCUCAUCAUGAAAAGUUCGACCAAAAAAAAGGUGAAAAUAGAGGUUUGAGAAAGAGGUUAGAGAGAACGUCAAACGAUUCAUCGAGAAUAUAUAAAUAUAUGUAUAUGAUGGUAA